AUGCCUCCUCCGAUUCUGGCUUCGCAUCCCUAUUCUUCCGCUCUGGGUCCGAUAACCCCCGCCUUCCACCUCUACUCGCAAGAGGACGGCUCGACUGCGUGCUCCAAGAAGCAAUUGCCCCCGACUAUCCCGCACACCUCUGAUCACCAUUGGACUGCUCCCUUCAGGGACGGUCUUCCUACUCCACCGAGCGACAUGACGGGCGUGGCCUACAACGCAAUUCCAUAUUCCAACUAUGGAGGGAAGCUGGACGGGAUGUCUCUUCAUCCCUACUCCAAGGCUCCCAGCAACUCUCGCCCGACUUUCGACCACUCGUCCGCCAUAAUUCCGUCUUCCAAAUCCCAGAGCCAUGCUCCUGUGAAGGAAGCUCCCGCUUCGGAGCCCAGCCAGAAAAAGCCUUCCAGCUCGGUGGGCUCUCGACUGCAGAUUCCUACGUCUAUCAAUAACAGCAAGGGUAACUUGGCGGAAUUUGCUGCGCAGAUGACAUGUCUGUUUUGGUUCGAAAGUACCGCCAAGUUAAAGGCGAUUGAAGAACGCUUGAAUCCUACAUCUCACCUCGUCCCCGAAGCGAUGCCCGCACCCGGUUUCCAGAAAUGGGUUUCCUCCAUUCUCGCCACGACCCAAGUGAGCCAGAAUGUGAUUUUGUUGGCUCUCAUGUUCGUCUACAGAUUGAAGAAGUUUAAUCCGGGAGUGAGAGGGAAGAAAGGCAGCGAGUUCCGAUUGAUGACGAUUGCUCUGAUGCUCGGAAACAAAUUUCUCGACGAUAACACAUACACCAACAAGACAUGGGCCGAAGUCUCGGGGAUCUCGGUGCAGGAAAUACACAUUAUGGAGGUGGAAUUUCUCAGCAAUAUUCGAUACAACCUCUUCGCGUCCAAGGAGAACUGGGCCGAAUGGCAUGUCAAGUUGGGACUUUUCGCCGACUUCUUCACCCGGGCGUCCCAGGUUCCAGAGGAGAAGGAUCUGAGUCCGACAACUCCGGUGCUUCGCAUCUCGCCGAGUCUAGGACCUGCUCCUCGGAUGCAGUCGUCGUCUCUUUCCAAACUACCUUCACCUCCGGCUUCCGAGUCUCUCCGUCCUCAACCGUGGAAUUUGCCUUUCAAUGGCUCGACUUACACAGCUCCCCCACAGCUUGGCAAUGAAAUACCCCCAGUUGCUUCACGGAAGAGAAGUCGCGAUGAACAAACUGAGGAGCACCCGGCCAAGAGGAUUGCAUUGCCAAAUGGUAUUCCCACUCCGGCCUCGACGCUUCCGCCGUCUUCUGGUCUUCCCAGCAUCCCAGCUUUGCCUCCAGUCUUGACUCCCACCUCUGCUCCCUCUCACGCUUCGAUGCCAGGCUCUCUUUCACGCCUUCCUCGCCCCAACUUCCCUACCUCUACCAACACCCUGGCCCCGACCAUCCCAACUCCUGUCCCUCAUCUCCCUUCUGCUGGACGUGCUAUGUCGUCUGCCUACAACCCUUCCACGAACUGGGCUCAACAGUUGCCACCUUCCGCUCCGGUCCCACCCCUCUCGGCCGGUCUCUACAACAACUCAAUGUCUCUGCCUGAUCCCGUGAGACACCACAGCCCUUACGGAGUAUCUUCGGCAACCGUCUCGCCGGCUGCAUCCGCAUACUCCGUUCACACACCUCAGACGCACCUUUCGCCGUCUUUCUUCCUGGCGAACCGGAACUCGCCAUACCGGCCUGUCCGAACCGUCAACACUCUGCUCAUCCCUCCUCCGUCGACUUCUCUCCAGCAGCAGCGAAGUGUUCCCUUUGACCACAUGCACUAUCAGCCAUUGGGCAAGACUGCUGCAGAGCGCAAGACUGGCCUGCUGCCAUAUCUCCACCAGGACUCUUGGCAACAAGGACCAUUUGUCCAGCCCUUCUACCAGUCUACUCAGAACUAUUCGGGUUGA